CUUCAGUGUCAUUCGCAUAAUUUUAUUCGACGCCAAUCAUGGCUCUCUCAUUAAAGUUACUGCUGAUCGCGUUGUGUUUAGUAACAAUCAAAUGUGAAUAUCCAUUUCCUGAGUAUACAGCAUUUACCAGUGGUCAUGAAACAUGUUUAAGCAAUUGCACUAAAUAUACAAAUGAGUAUGCUUGCAUAGUAGAUAGUAACAAUAAGUUAGAUUAUUGCAGCCCGAACCAGCACAGAAGACGCUUGGUCAAGAAAGCUUUCACACUGGAGAAUGGACCGUGCAAAACGCCUUGUACUUGGAACUCAGGCUACUCAGGCUACACUUGUGACAACUAUUGGGGAAAGAGUAACGACUAUUGCGACACCAAAGAAUGGGAAUAUAUCCAAUCUUACACUCACCUAGGCAAUGAGUGUAUCGGUACAUGUGAGAAACAUGAUGGUCGCUCAUAUUACUGGUGUUACGAUUUAGCCAAGCACGAUCAUUUUUGUUCGCCACUAAGAGUAGAUGAAAUAGGCCAAUAUAUUAGCAGUCAGAUGAAAAAGAUACGGGACUCUUUCGACCAGAAACGGACAACAUGCAGAAGCAUAAUGAACAUAAUAAGUAGGAAGCGAAGACAGACUCCACCUAUGUUUAGUACUUUCGACAGCCGAACUCCGGGACAAAUAUUAGUUUACGCUAGUGCCCUGAUUGCUCUGGGUUCUGUAGGUCGUUUGGUAUCAGAAAGGCGGCCAAAUGAUGAUGUUUAUCGGUACGCAUAUCUCAACCCUUCAUCUCCGAACGAUCCUAUUCUCCCUCUAAUGAUUUCAGCUCGUGUCACUCCUGAUGUUCUCAACCGUAUCCCACCUAGAGGAGAGUCAAACAGUAUUCCAGACACAGCUGUGGCUAACAUAAACAGAAUGGGAAGACACACAAAUCGCCCUGAUAACAAUAACGAUGAGAAUGGGCAUUUGAUUGCAUAUCAGAACGGGGGUCCUAGCGAAGUAUAUAAUUUUGCACCUCAACCACGAUCCCUGAACAGGGGUAUAGUCGUAGGUGUCCCAGAAAUACGACUAUCGGAUUGGAGAAGGUCUGAAGACAGUAUUAAUAAUUGGGUACGGCGUGGUAACGGAUGGGUCGAUAUUACCGUAGUCGUCAUCUACGACGAUUAUCAGAGAAACCCUAGGCCUAUUGGAUUUGGUCAGCAUUUAGUGUUUUAUUAUCGAAACAACACAGUUCGUUACGAAUGUGAUGACUUCUAUUCUAAUGAUCCUUUGGCUCCUCCAAGCUUGCAUGAUGAGCUUCUAUAAAAUGUAAAUUCAAAUGUUGGAUGCCUUUAGAUUUUUCCAUAUUCAUAGUUAUUUUUCAUUUAAUAGGUACGUACUUACAUAUUUUUAUCUAAAGCUAUAAGUAUGGUUUACUAGUCGCCAUAACUAAAGAUGUGUAAUUAUGUGUAUUGUUAGUAUACUCGUUAUCUAAAAUAUAUAUUUUAAUUGAAUUAAAUUUUGCAAAUAAUUUUAUUGUUCACAAUCAAAACAAUUUUGAUGUUGUUAUAACAGAUUUUUUUGAAUAAAAUAUGAUUUGGAACAUAA